UGUGGCGGGGGCGAUCCUGGGUACAAUGGACCCACAGGAGAUCCUGGUAAGCCUGGAGAACGGGGACCCCCUGGCCUUCCUGGGCCUAGAGGACUUUAUGGAGAAAGGGGUGUGCCUGGAAUGCCCGGGAGACAAGGUGCAGCUGGUAGAGACACAAGUGAUCAACACAUCAUCGAAGUUGUUCUUAAAAUGCUUCAGGAACAGCUGGCCAACGUUGCCGUGAGUGCUAAACGGGCUGCACUGGGAGGAGCAGGUGUGAUGGGACCUCCAGGACCACCAGGCCCCCCAGGGGCUCCAGGAGAGCAAGGGCCUCAUGGCCUUCCAGGACCCAGAGGAAUACCAGGCAUUAUAGGGUCUGUUGGACAAAUCGGAAACACUGGAUUCAAAGGUAAGAAAGGACCAACGGGUGAAAGAGGUGAUCCAGGACGUGCACACCAGGGCCAACCAGGACCCCCUGGCAUACCGGGUCCACCUGGCAUUGAUGGGUACGGAAGAGAUGGCAAACACGGGGAGACUGGUCCACAGGGUAUGCCCGGAGAGCCUGGGCGCCCAGGGACAGUGGGACCUCCUGGUCUUCCAGGAUUCUGUGAGGCAGCGGCUUGUCUUGCAGCCUCAGCUUAUGCGUCUGCACGUCUGAGUGAAGCCGGUGCGAUCAAAGGACCAUCCAAGUAAUUGUUCAUAAAACAAUAAAGGGUCACCACCAAAAGCAGUGAUACAGGAAGCUGUGGAGACGUGGCCAGUCUAGUCCAUGGCGCAGACCUUCUCCAGCACCUGCUCACAAAAGAUGGAAAAAACCUGGAAUGGAAUGGACUACACAAUUCUUAAAAUUAAAAGAAGAUUGUUGCGAUAAUAAUCAAGUACUGGUGCUUUUUAUAUCAUGGCCACUGUAUUUUUUUUUCUUUUUUACGUAACAUGAAUUGAUUAUUUUUAAAGUCAUAAACAGUCAUAAAGUCUUUCCUACCACCAACCCUCCUUACAAAGCACAUGUAUAAAAGAGUCAUAAAAUAAACCUUUGGAAAAUGUUACAGAAAUCUUGUAAGAUUUGUUAAUAAUUACCUCUAGUUGUUUGCUUGUACAAAACGCUGCCUUUCUGUUCAGCUCUUUGACUUUUCUUUCUCCUCAUUUGUGACUUGCCGUUGUUGUAUUCCUUGAACCUUUCUUUACUUGAAAAGAACAAACACCAGCAAAACCAAAGCCUGCUUUCAAAUCGCACUCUGUGAUCCAUUGUUGUAAAUCUUUUUUGUAAAUUUGUGAUUUAAAAUAUAUUGGAAAAUGGGUUUUUAGCACAAUUAAAUAAAGGUACAAUGUUAAUGAACUUAAUCAGCGUUCAUUAAAUUUCGACAAUGAUGCGGUCUGUCUGCCUGUCCAAAGUGAGCCUGCAUUGAAAAGCCCACCGAUGAAAUGGAUUUGCGAGAAAAAUCCAAAUGCAGCGGCUGAUUGCCAGAACCCUUGAUCCUGAUUAACUUCAUUAUUGGACAUUAUUUAUUACUUUGAAAGCUUCUCAUCACUUUUUGACUGUAAAGACAGGAGAAUUUGUUGACAUUCACUGUUGGUUGUACAAUUUCACAGGCCGAGUCAAUAAAAGGACACUUUUGUAAAAGCUAA